AUGCUGCGUGCGUUCCGUUGUCAUGGAGCAGCGCGACAGGCCGUAAAGCGGGCGGCGCUUCCGGCUGGCGCGGAGGGGAGGGUUGGGAGCCUCGUGUGAGGGAGCGUGGAGGCUGUGGGUGCCCGCCCGCCGGCCCCAGGCACCCGCCCGCCUCGCCAGCCCGGCGCCCCCCACCCCCAGGAUGUUCAAGAAAUUUGAUGAAAAGGAGAAUGUAUCAAACUGCAUCCAGCUGAAGACUUCAGUUAUUAAAGGAAUUAAGAAUCAACUGAUAGACCAGUUUCCUGUUAUUGAACCAUGGCUAAACCAGAUCAUGCCAAAGAAAGACCCAGUCAAAAUAGUAAGAUGCCAUGAACAUAUAGAAAUCCUCACUGUGAACGGGGAGCUGCUGUUCUUCAGACAAAGAGAAGGGAUUUUCUACCCGACACUAAGGUUGCUUCACAAAUACCCAUUUAUUCUACCACAUCAGCAGGUUGAUAAAGGCGCCAUUAAGUUUGUACUAAGUGGAGCUAAUAUAAUGUGCCCUGGCCUGACGUCUCCUGGAGCAAAACUUUACCCCGCUGCCAUUGAUACUGUUGUUGCAAUAAUGGCAGAGGGAAAACAACAUGCAUUAUGUGUGGGAGUAAUGAAGAUGUCAGCUGAGGACAUUGAGAAGGUCAACAAAGGGAUUGGUAUCGAAAAUAUCCACUAUUUAAAUGAUGGCCUUUGGCAUAUGAAGACGUACAAGUGAAACAAAAAGAACUGUUACUCCAAAGGAAUGCACUUAGAUUAAAUGUGGACUGCUUUGUAAUUCCUUAUUUUUAAUGUGACUGAAUGUACAAAUUAUUUUGUUCUGUGGCUAUGCUAAAUAAAUCAAGUGAAUGCAAAAGUUCUGUUAGGCUACAAUAGUUUUCUAGAUUUCUUUUUAUUACAGUUCUUUUGUCUUAAAGUCAAGUCUUCAGUGACUGAAGAUAAUUGAUGGCAAGAUUGUGCAUGGACUGUGAGUAGACUAUUUCAAACAAAAAGGAGGAAAAAGGCAAGAAAUGUUUACAUUUUUAUGCUCUUCUAAAAGAGUAACAGUGUAUGUGAAAUGUAAUUUAAUACGGUUUAUAAAACCUCUGAAACAUUUCAGUUCUUUUCUUCUGAUUAACAUCUUUUUAGUCUACCUGUUUCUUGAAUCAUUUUUUUUGUCAUUAUUUUUUAACUUAAUUUAUUAACAGCAUUUAUUUCAGUAUUUUACAUAAGGAUUUUCUCUUUUUAAUAUGCCUUUAUCUGCAUAGGAUUUAUUAAAGACUGGUAUGUGGACUAGAAAUUUUUAUGCUAGUUCGUAUCUGAAGCAUAUAUAUAUAUAUAUAUGUUCAAGUUUCUACCUGCCAACACACUGUUUGAUAUCUCUCUCCUUAUAGUGUUCUUACUAAUGUGGGCAUGCUCCCAGUGGAGUGUGUGCCAGCCUGGUGCCUGAUGCUGUACUCCCCGUUCGCCGCCUUAUUUUAGAAGCAGAAACAAAAUCACUAUCUAACAAAGGCACAGUAGCAAAACAUAGUUAUCAGUGUAGCCAGGAGUAACUUCUUCAGGUGGACCUUCAAACCAGAUCUCUGCUUGUGCACACUGCCACGUGUAUGUACACCUACAGAACGGGUUAAAGAGCACUGUGUAUUUGUCUGGAUAUGCCAACUCUGUUCAGUGACUGCACACCUAAAGCUACAUCCAUGGAAAACAGCCUGUGCUGUGGAAUCAUUUAAUAAACUAAAAAAACUUUAAGGUCUACCACUUGUAA